UCACAUGUGUGGCGUGAAUGUGAUACACAGCGUUGUGUCAUGCGUGAGAGAGUUGUUUGAUUUUGAAAUCGGAGACGGAGACGAAGACGAAGACGAAGACUAUCAGCGUCAGCGUCAGAGAUGGGUGGAGCUCACGCUUUGAAGAGAAUACCUCGCAUCAAGUUUCCUAACAGACAUUCCAAAUCCUCUGGUUCUGCAUCUGAGGCUCCAGCUUUGUCUUCAGCAAGUGAUGCUAGUUCAUCAUUCUUUUCAAGUUCAAAGGCUUCAACAACACUCGGAGGGAAGGCCUCUCUUCAGCCCAAACGAACUCCCGUGUCUAAUGAGGAGAUUGAGGCAGUUCUGUUGGGUGGCUGCUUCUAGUCAUGACUCGGACUGUGUUCUGAAAAAUGAACUGUAUUUUUAACUCUCUACAGCUGUGAUUCAUCAAAGUUCACCUACAAUGGUGGCUUUUUCUUUUUCUUGCUUGAGUGCUAUGUUAAAGCAGUUCUCUGAUACAAAUCACCAUCGUUAAUAAUGGAAUACAGACAGGAUUGAAUUUGUUUUUUUGGUCCAAGGACAGGAUUGAAUUUGAAAAGCAUUUUAUCAA